AUAUAUUUCUAAAUAAUUCUCUCAUAGUAUUUUGUUCGAUUGACAGACUACUACUAUUACUCUACCUAAUUCGUAGUUAUGCCUCGUGCUGCUUAAACAUAAAUGCUUAGUAAAUAUAAUAUAUACCUCUACUAGCCUCUACCUGAAUAUCAGACGAUCAAGCGAAUAUUCUACCAUGCUAUCAUUGCAAGAUAUUUAUGUCAAUUUAUGACAUAUGUAAAAUUGGCAUUACUCAUUGUAGAUAACAUUUUAUUUUGACAUCACAAUAUUUUUGUUAUCAUUAAUUUUUGUAAUAAUAUUUCUCAUAAAUUUUUGUACAACAAUUGCUUUUAUUUAUAUUUGUUAAUAAAAUAAAAAAAUAAUAACAUUGUGUUAUUAUGGUGAAGACGCUGUGUAACGCGCUAGCAACGAAAGCAGACAAAUCUUGGAAAUAUGAUGAGUAUUAUGUAGGAGUGAGAGAUGAUGAGGAACGCAAAUAUGAGAAAGGGGAGAACCAUUGGUCUAGCGCAGAGUCACUGGAAUGGUAUUCGGGCUGUUUCCUUCGAGACACGAUGCACGGUCUUGGAGAUUAUCACUGGAGAUACCGGGGUCCCCAGGGGACCUCGGUGACGUACGAGGGUCACUUCUAUAGUAAUUGUAUACACGGCUACGGGUCUAUGUCGUAUCCCGACGGCAGAGUCUUCACUGGUUUAUACCAUAGCAAUGUACGCUGGGGUCCUGGUGUAGAAUCCAAUGCUAACAUGCGUGCUAACGUUGGACUAUGGCGUGGAACACGACUGGUGAGACUUGCAUGGCGUCCAACAACUAAUAUUAUUCCUGACCUGACAAUUAGGGGCACCGGAAAGACGUUUGCCGAAUCUCAUCGAAUUAUCUUAGCUGCUACUACAAAGAUUAUCGGUGAAAUAAACAGCGCCUUGGAUCUGAUCAAACAAUUUGGUUCCAAUCCACUCCGGGCAGCAGACAAAUGGUUAAAAUUAUAUCCUAGAUAUUGUACAGACCAAGCCAGUAAACUCUGUCAAGUAGAUGUUUUUGAACAUAAAUAUUAUAAGGGGAAUAUAUACUCUCUGAAGAAAACUGAUACUAAAUUCAAAAUGUCUGAGAAUUCUGACAACGACUUAGAAGACACAGAACUGUACUUUGUUUGGAAUAACAGUGACUCCAUCCUACACAUGAUGAAACACUGUUAUCGACACGAAACCCAAAGGACUUCUGAAAUUGAUAUAUCAAGCAUAAUAAGUGGUCCAAGGAAAAAGUACAAACCGGCUGCUAAACAUGAAAUUGAUUGCAGGACUCUUUUGAUGGCCAGUUAUUUAGGAGACCUCACGAUAGUUGUUCAAAUGAUCAAUGAUUUUAAUAUAGAUCCUGAUAUAGCCGAUAAUCAAGGGAACACAGCCAUAAUGUACGCUACUUUUGGAGAUCAUUGUGACUUAAUUCACUUUGUCGUGGAAGCUGGUGCUAAUGUUAAUAAUUACAACGAUUCCUGUUGCACUGCAUUAGGACUAGCACUACUCAGAUUUAUUUGUAUUGAAAAAGAUGUAGCACCCGGUGACAUGCUUCAAUCCCUAUUCCCAUCAUCAAUAGUGUCACCUCGUCCAGCCGAACAUAAGAUAUUAGAAUGGAAUAUGAUACGUGGUAAACAGAAUGCAAUUGUUGGCGGAUCAAUACCUAGAACUAGCAGCAAGAUAAACAAAAAUGCUGCUGCAAAAAAAAUUAAAUCGUCGCAGUCACUUAAGGAAGUUACAUCUACAAAAAAGAAAACUGAAGUACUAUUAUCUAAACCUACUGAAUUUGUAUCAGAUGAAUCAUUCUCGGAAGAUAUAAGCAUAUAUCAGAAUAUUAGUAAUGAAUACGCGAGUAGAGUAAAUAAUCUUCUUUUAGUAACAAGUAUGGUCAGUCCCGUUCCUUAUAUUUUUGAAAUCAAGGAUUUGAUUAAAGAACUAGAUGAAAGUGGAGAAGAUUCAAAGAAAGGAAAUGAAGGAGUACCCAGGAAACUUACAUCUAAAGUUUUUAAAAAUGGUAUGAAACCAAGCAAGGACAUUAUGUGGCAGAGUUCUGAGGGGAUUGAACAUACAUCAGUUGAUAGUAUUGAAAAACAGAAAACAGACAUGUUAUCUCAAGUAAUGUCAACAAUUCUUCAACUAUUGUCUGAUGGAGCAAAUCCGAAAUUAGUUAAAUGUCCGCAAUCAGCUCUGUUGAUUGCCACUGUUGCAGGCUCAGCAGAUCUUGUACGUCAUUUGGUACAUUAUGGAGCUGAUGUCAAUGAAGUAUGCGAAGAAACACUGGAUUACACACCGUUAGACGUGGCCAUAUCUCGUCAGUUUACAAAUGAGAGCUUAGAAUUAAUCCGUGCUUUGUUGGAAUGCGGUAGUAAUACAAAUUAUAGACUACGAUAUGGAGAUGCUGAUUGUAAUCUUCAAAUUCCUGGCCCGACUCUGCUACAUGUUGUUCUUGUAAGAAGAACUGAAAAUGAAUCAGAAGAAGAGAUUCGUCGCCAAAUUAUUGAGUUAUUACUUGAAUAUGGUUCUGAUCCUAUGGUUCAGUUUAAAGGAUGUUCUGCUGUAGAUGUCGCAUUUUCAAAAAAUGUGGAUUUAUUGGAUACAUUUAUAAAGAGUCAAAAAUGCAAACUCAAUGCAAUUAUUAAUGAUCGAAAUCAGACUGUUCUUGUCAAAAUGUUAUAUUUGCCGUUCUUCAAAACUUCAAGUGUUACUGAUCGACCACAAAUACUUACAGAUUUACUACUAUUCGGAGCUGACCCAUUAAUAGAAUGUCAAGAUGGAGAAGAGAAGUAUCCGAAUGUAUUUGUUUUUGCAAAAAAAACGUUACUUGAAUUAGAAAGUUCACAAAUAAACACACAACCAGUUACUUCGCAAGGCAAAUCGAAUGUUAAAAAUAAGCUCAAAGAAAAGGAGAAAAAAGAUGAGAGACUUUCGUUAGGCAGAAUAGGAGUAGAUGAAGUAGGAGAAUUCAGGCAUGCUAUAGCACUACUAACGGAAUGCGCUAGACUUUUGUAUAUAAGGUGGCUACAAGCGAAGCUGGUUAUAGAGCUUAUAGAGCUUAUACAUAGAUUCCGACACCGUCAUUGGAAUAUAAUAUUAAAAGAGCACAAGGACAAAAAGAGUACAAGUCUUUGGCUAACACCACAACGUUGCCUUGAAAUAUGGGACAUAUUAAAACUCAAACAUAGGAAAAUGUACCAGGAUAAACUUAUUCUGAAACACUUGCUCUGUAUUGUGCAGUACUACCAAAUUAGGUUUAAACUCGGUUAUAUUUCAAGACCAGUACCAACAGCUCACGAGAAAGACUUAGUCGAUUCAAAAGUUUCGUGUCUUUUGCAAGAACAUAAAACAGCUUGUAUGAUGUCUCCGGCUAUGUUUUGGAAGAGACCUCAUGUAAUGCCUGAACUUGCAAUAAAGAAUGACCAGAAAUUUAAGGUGUGUUUUGAAUGUAUACUUCCUCUACAUGAAGGAGAAAUUAAAUGCAAUAGGUGCAACCUUGUUUCAUUUUGUUCUUUAAAUUGUAUGAGACUAAAUAUAGAUAGAACAAAUUGUCAUCCCUGCAGUGAAUAUCUGAAGAACAAAUAUUUUCGAAAUCACAGCUAG